GCUCCGGGCCGCGCGGAGCCGCGCCGGAUCCGGGCGGUGAGGGUCGAGACGACGGGGGGCGGUGCUCGCCGUUGGGGACUCCGCGCUCGCGGGGGGUGGGGAGCGGAUCUGAGGGUGUUUUGGUGGGAAUUUGGUGGGGGGUUGAGUCGAUUCGGCCUGGGGUUAGGCGGGGGAAGCUGAGGGGGAGCGAGGUGGUUGGUUUUGUGCGAGGCGCCGGGGGGACGCCUUGUACAUGAGCGCCGCGAGCAUCCUUCGCCGCCGCUGCGUCUUCGUCGGGGAGCUUCCGGCGGCGGCGCGAUGAUCGAGCAGUUCGUUAAUUUUGUCAUCCGACCGCCACGCGCAGAGUACAAUCCAGAUCAGUAUCUGUGGGAACCAGAAUUUACUCUUGCCGGAAGAAAGUAUAGGCGAAUAGAUUUGGAGCUUACAAACGGAAGAGACCAGACCUUAAAAUGCAGCCACUAUGUUCCUGCUGUUGUCCCAGAAAAUACUGCCCUUCCAUGUGUGAUCUACUGCCAUGGAAAUAGUGGAUGCAGAGCAGAUGCCAAUGAAGCCGCUGUCAUACUCCUCCCUUCAAACAUCACCCUGUUUACACUUGACUUUGCAGGAUCAGGGCUAUCAGGUGGAGAGUAUGUCAGCCUUGGUUGGCAUGAGAAACAGGAUCUCAAAUGCGUGGUGUCCUUUUUGCGAAACAAUAAGGAAGUUUCUUGUAUAGGCCUUUGGGGGCGAUCAAUGGGUGCUGUUACAAGCCUGCUGUAUGGAGCAGAAGACCCCUCAAUUGCUGGCCUGGUUUUGGACAGUGCUUUCUCUAACCUAUAUGACUUAAUGAUGGAGCUUGUAGAUGUUUACAAAAUCCGAGUUCCUAAGUUCACGGUUAAGAUGGCUGUGCAGUACAUGCGCCGUGUAAUUCAAAGAAGAGCUAAGUUUGAUAUAAUGGAUCUUGAUGUUGUCCAGUUUGCCCCCAAGACAUUUAUUCCUGCAUUAUUUGGACAUGCAUCAAAUGACAUGUUUAUUCAGCCCCAUCACACUGACCGUAUUCACCAGGCAUAUGCAGGGGAUAAAAAUUUAAUCAGAUUUGACGGCGAUCACAAUUCUCCCAGGCCUCAAUUUUACUAUGAUUCUGUUUCAAUAUUCUUCUAUAAUGUUCUCCACCCACCUCAGUUCCCUUCAGUAUGCUCAAAUAAGUUAGAUAAGUACUACAACCUUGGUGCUUUUAAGGUUGGCGCUGGAACCAAUGAGAGUUUACUGUAUGAAAUCAUCAAUGGUCUAAGGGCUGCUGGUCCUGAUGCAGGCAGCUCAUCAGCAGCUGCAGCUAACUUCACAAAUGCUACAAAAUCAGUAGUUGAAUUGCUGACAGAGAGGGUCAAUCAGCUGUCUAUUAAAACGGAUAAUGACUUGGAUUUUCUUUUGGAUGAAAAUCAUAAUCUCACUGAGAUGGACACUCACACUGCUGAGUCUCAUUUAGAGGAUAAGUCUAACAGGCAAAAUGAGGAGUGCUGUUCAUACACAAGUUCAAACAGGGAGAGCUGGGGAAGAUGUUCUUCCUUAGGGGCAGCAAGCGAUGGAUCAUCCCUAGGCGAGCGCCCUGAAAUUCCUACUCACAAGCAUAAGAGCAUGACACUAAGAGCCCUGGCAACACCACUGAGACGGAUACGAAGGAAACCGCUUGCCAUACCAAAGGAGAGGAAGAAUCGGUCUCUAUGGAAGAGGCUCAAACAGGAGAGACAGGAGAUGGGGGAGAGUCUAACCCAGCGUUUCAGGCUGUGUCUCCAAGGCCAGGCUCAACAUAAGAGAACCAAGUCAUCUUAACAAAAACUGUGAAUACACAUCUUAACCCGGACAAAUCUGCUAGGAACACGGAUGACUCACGGACAGGAACUUCCUCCCCUGAUUCUGACCCUUGCUGCCAACUGUAAACACUUUGAUUGAAUAUCAGUUACUGCUGAGCCUGUCAGGCAACCCAUGUAAUUGUCAUCUUUUGUACCUUGCCAUUUCCCACGUUUUAUCAUGUAUAAAAAUCUGAAGGCACGUAUAA